AUCGAUAGUUAAAUGGCCAUUGAUGCCUUAUCAGCUCUAAGGCGCAGUCAGCUCUGCAAUUAAUUUAAGUUAACUGUAUUACAACAAAAAAACCGGAAAUGGACAUAUUGAAAUGCAUCGAUAAUAAGGAAAUAUUUAUUGAAGUUCUUCAUUUGGCUAUAGACUACCUGAUUGGAAACAUUAAUGACAAACAAACUCUACGCUCUUCCCACAAGUAUGGAUUUCAUAAUGCCGAGGAUUUUUUGUUAGUCACUCGAAAGAUGUCAAGUUAUUACAAGCUUUUCAGUUUAGAAAUCACAAGAUGUAAAAAUGUAACACCUUUUACUUGCAUUACACCCGAAUUGAGCAGGCUUGUACCUAUUGUACUGACAGCACGACUUUCGGAAGUAACAAGGCAUCUUGCGCAAUGGGAGUUCUCAAAAACUGAAAAUAUUGUAGAAUCUUUUGGAUGGGAUACACGGCUUAUAUUAGGAGACAGCUCUUUUGGUGGAAAUUUUCAUAAAAUAACAACAGUGAAUUUCCGGUAUCAUAAUAUAAACUAUCCAAAUAUACUGUUUUUUGAAAUGAAUAAUGUAAAACUUACUGAUUUCAUUAUUUUAUUAAAAAAUUCGUUGGUUCAAUGACAAAAA